AUGCCGGGCCCGGGCUCGUAUCCGCCUCCAUCUCACCAUCUGGCUUCUUCUUCUCCUUCUGCGUGCUCCGUACUUCUGCGUCGUCGCCCUCGUCUCUUUCACUCUUCCCUGCCCCCCUGCCCUGCCCUGCCCUGCCCCUCGGGCCACAGCACCAACCCGCCGCCUCCCAGUAUCUGGGCCCGCCAGCACACCGUGUCCCCCACAGCAAGACAUCCCGCCUGCUGUAGCCUGCGCCGUGCGACGACGGCGAGUGGCAUCCGAGCGAGCAACCGGCCGACAACGACGACGGGGCCCGUUACCCGGUCGCGCGGAGGACAUUCCCUCUGCGGUCUCUGUGCACAGGCUCUCGACGGAAAGGCGCUCGGCCGCGCCGUCUCGUCUCGUCACGCCCGGACCGGCCCAGUAGAAGGCCCCCCAGACGAAGCCCGCCAACCCGUGCGUAGGUUGACCGACGGGCAGCGCUGA